ACCACUAAGGAGGCGGGGAUAAAGAUAGUAAGGCCCUAUCUGAUUGGUCAAAUUUAGAUGAACAUAAAUUAAAUGCAAUUUAUAUUCAGCGAUGUGUAUAGUUCAUAUGCUAUUAUCGUGAUUAUUUUGCGAUAUAUCGUGCAGCUCUACUUUCUAGAACAAAAAGAAAGAUACAAAAAAGUACAACAGACAGAAUGACAUCCCAGAUAGCUUUAGCUGUGACGCUCUCCGUCCUCAUCCUGCUCACUGUAAGUGGGAAUAUUCUGGUCUGUCUGGCUGUGUAUGCUACGAGACGCUUGCGUAACGUCACCAACUGCUUCAUCGUUUCGCUAGCGGUAACAGAUUUCCUACUGGGCGCACUCGUGCUGCCAUUUUCAACUCUUUACCAGGUUACGGGAGACUGGCCACUAGGGGCGCACUUCUGCAACAUCUACAUCUCACUGGACGUCAUGCUAUGCACCGCCUCCAUACUCAACCUCUUCGCCAUUAGCUUGGAUCGCUACUUUGCGGUCACUGCUCCGCUACGAUACCCAAUGCUAGUGCUUCCAUGGCGAGUCGGAGCGAUUCUAGCGACAAUAUGGUUGGUUUCGGUGGGCGUUUCAUUCGUGCCUAUUCACCUAGGAUGGAAUACGCGCGAUUUAAGCGUGCAAAAUAUUCGCGAGGGCGACCAUGCUAGAGACUGUAGAUUCGAGCUGAAUCCGACGUACGCCAUCGUGGAUGCUUUCUCAACGUUUUAUCUCCCCCUGCUGGCCAUGUGUUGGAGCUACCACCGAGUGUUUCGCAUCGCAAGGAUGCGAGCGAAACGGAUUAUUUCUACGCGCCGCGGUUCGACGUCUUCGCAGGGCGUGACGAUUCUAACAUUGCGCGAACAUAAAGCAACGGUGACUCUCGCGGUUGUCCUUGGUGCGUUUGUAGUGUGCUGGUUUCCAUAUUUCACGUUUUUUACGAUAAUGGGAAUACGUAACGAAGAAAACCCUCCACAGACUGCGCAGUCUGUCGUGCUUUGGCUGGGAUACGCCAACUCUGCGCUAAACCCUGUACUUUACGCUACGCUAAACAGAGACUUCAGAUCUGCCUACGCAAAGCUGCUGUGUGGAGGGAGACGGUGUAAAACAGAGACAACAAUACCGAUAGCUGCAACGGCGGCGGGGACAAUGACUGGACACGCCCAUUCUUCAAAAGGGGCGGGGUUUCUGCCUAGAACUUGUGUAUUGCUGAAAGACUCUGAAAACAGGAUGCUGGACGAUAACAGCGCUACAAAUGGUGCUACGGUUACUGUUGUAGCUAAUGGGAGUAAAAGGUAGUAUAUAUUAACUAUACAAAACUGUUUGUUGACAUGCUGUUACUUUGUCUUGC